CACACUCUCUCUCUCUCUUAGACUGACCUGGAAAUGGAUUUGAAAGCCGCUGAUAUAAAACUGCCUUGAGAGCCUUUCAAAUUGGAAUCAUUUUAAUUCCAAACAAAAAAAUCCAGAAAUAAAGUUUUUCUUUAAAGAAUUACACAGCUGAGCACAAACUCGGAAUCCGAUUUUUUUGAAUCCGGAACCUGUUCGGAUCCUCUGAUUCCUGAAGUUCAUCCGCUUAUCUCCUUGCGUUCUCCUGCAGAUCCUUGGAGGUUCCUUCUUCUAUUUUUUCUCUCGGUAUCCGAAUCUAAUCUUUUGCCUUGAUGGAGUUCUGAUAAGUUGAUAACCUCACGGUUUACGAGUGAAUGAUGGAUUCUGGUAAUGUUAUACCUGCUGAUGGGCUUGACGCUUCCCAUGAAAACGGUGUUCACAAAGAACUUGCUGCUGGGGAAAAUGUUGUUGUUUCUGGUGCCAUGAAUGGGAGUGUUGACAAAACUGCAGAGAUUGGUGGAACAAAUGGGAUUUCAGAAAGUGAGUCCAAGCUGGAAGAUGGCGGACCUUCUGAGGAACUCAAAGAGGAAAGCGACCUUCUUGCAGAAAGCAGUGGCUUGGCCAAUUCUGAGGAGGGACAGGUAAAUGAUGGAGAGAACUCAAGACAUGCAAAACAACCGAAGGGUCAAAGCAAGAUUAAGAAUGAGAAGAACCCAGGGGCUAGAAAUGUUUCAUCAGUGUUAAUUAAGAAGACUAAAGACGCGCAGAAUGCUGAGGCAACGACAACUCUUUCAAAUGGUGCUGUUGGUCUUAAUUCACGCUCCGGGCAGUCAUUUAAAAGUAGAUCGUUCAAUGACAGGCAGGUUAAUGCAACAAAGCAGCAACCUUUGAAGUCUGAUGCAGCAUCAUCUGAAGGUCUCACGGAGAUAACAAAACUGAAGCCAUUGAAGAAAGAAUCUCUCAAUAAAGUAGAAGAAGAUGCACAAUCUUCUCCAAGUCCAAAAGAAGCAGAUGCCAAAGCUCGUAGGGUUGGUGCGCUGCCAAAUUACGGUUUCAGUUUUAAGUGUGACGAACGAGCUGAAAAGAGAAAAGAGUUCUACUCAAAACUUGAGGAGAAGAUUCAUGCAAGGGAAGUGGAAAAGAGUAACAUGCAGGCUAAGUCCAAGGAAACUCAGGAAGCUGAGAUUAAGAUGUUCCGGAAGAGUCUGAACUUUAAAGCAACUCCUAUGCCAAGCUUCUACCAGGAACCUGCACCUCCUAAGGUGGAGUUAAAGAAGAUUCCACCAACAAGAGCUAAAUCUCCAAAACUUGGAAGGAAGAAGACUUUACCCCCUCCAGAAUCUGAGGGAAAUAGUAGUGAGAGACAUCCACCAGACCGACUCAGUCUGGAUGAGAAAGUGUCUGAUAUCAACCUUGGCAAAGGAACUUCCCCUAUCUAUUUGAAAAAGCCACAGCGAAAGUCACUUCCUGUAUUGCCUUCCGAGCAGACUGGCUUAUCUAAUGCAAAGAAUGGAGAGAAAAGUGCCUUGAGGAAACCCACGACGAAAACAACAAAUGACAGAAAGUUGAUGCCGUCUAAAACAACGGAGAAAGGAAAUACUGUGUCAGUUGAUGCGUCAAAAGAUGCUGUAAAUCCCAUUCAAGUGCAGGCCGAGGCAGGUGACACUGAGCACCAUCAGUCUGAGGCAGGUGACACUGAGCACCAUCAGUCUGAGGCAAGUGACACUGAGCACCAUCAGGCCGAGGCAGGUGCGACAGAGCCCCAUCAUUCAAAUGAAACACUGAUAAUACAAGAGCAGCAGGGCUUGACACAUUGGUGCAAGAACCCAUAGCAAUAGAGCAUUAACCGCAGCAGCAUCUGCAUUGAGUGUGAUAAUACACAGGUUCAUUCUGCGGUAGUAAGAGAAAGAUGUAAGGAUCCAAUCAUAUCAAAGAGCAAGGCUUGAAAAAAUCUAAAUUGUGAGGUUUGAUGUCAUCUUGUCCAUAGUCAGCAGCAGUUGUUGUGUUGUGUGGCUUGAUUUCGAAAGGUUGCUGGUCGUGUUGCUAGGAUAUGGUACACUGUUUGCUAAAGUAGUGUUAAUUUUUCUUUAAGCAUGCUUUAGUACCUUGAUAUUAGAAAUAUUGCCAGAAAUUUUGCGAGAAAGUCUGCCAGUAGAUACGGAACAAAAAAGUAUUACUCUUUGAACUCAUUCGAUUGAACGAAUUGGGUUAUCAUUAAAUAUGGAUCAAGGCUGGCUUUGGUGUUGUUGCUCUGUUAUGUUAA